GGGAUCGCCGAGCCUGGAGAACAGCUGAGCAGCGGCGGAGUGACGCGCGGGGGAGGGACUGGCAGGAGGAGGACGGCGACCGCGUCUAGGCGCACACUUCGCGCGGGAGGGCGCCCGUCCCCACUCGCUCGCCGCAGUCCCGCCCCCGCGCCCGCUGCGCUGCCUCCAGAGGCACCUCUCCGCGGAGGCACACGGAACCCUCUUCUUGCCCACGGACGGCGACGUCCUGCCCACCCGCACGGACGGGCUGCUGGACCCAGCGGAAGGAAGAAGAGUGCGGCGAGCCUGAGCUGCCGGGGGCGGGUCCAGGCUCCGGGAGCCGCGCCGACCGCGCAAACCGCGCGGAGCCUUCGGACAAUGGGGCCGCGGCGGCUGCUGCUCCUCGCGACCGGCCUCAGUCUGUGUGGUCCGCUACUGUCCGCUCGCACCCGGGCCCGCAAGGCAGAAUCAAAAGCAGAAAAUGCUACUGCAGUGCCCCGGUCAUUUUUACUCAGGAAAUCCGUUGAUGUAUUUGAACCAUUUCCAAAUGAAGACUCUGAGGAGAAAAACGAAAGCUGGAUAACUGAAGACAGAUUAAGUUUCAUCAAUAAAAGCAACCCUCUUCAAAAACGACCACCUGUGUUCAUUUCAAAAGAUGCCUCUGGAUAUCUGACCAGCCGCUGGUUGACUCUCUUCAUCCCCUCCGUUUAUACGGGCGUAUUUAUAGUGAGCCUUCCUCUAAACGUCCUGGCCAUCGUCGUGUUUGUCUUGAAAAUGAAGAUCAAGAAGCCGGCUGUGGUGUACAUGUUACAUCUGGCCACGGCAGAUGUGCUGUUCGUGUCUGUGCUCCCCUUCAAAAUCAGCUACUACUUUUCCGGAAGCGAUUGGAAAUUUGGGUCUGAAAUGUGUCGCUUCAUCACGGCAGCAUUUUACUGUAACAUGUACGCCUCCAUCAUGCUCAUGACAGUCAUCAGCGUCGACCGGUUUCUGGCUGUGGUGUAUCCCAUCCAGUCCCUGUCCUGGCGCACUCUGGGCAGGGCUUCCUUCACUUGUCUGGCCAUCUGGGCUGUGGCCCUCGGGGGAGUGGUGCCUCUUCUCCUCAAAGAGCAAACCACCCGGGUCCCGGGGCUCAACAUCACCACCUGUCACGAUGUGCUUAACGAAACCCUGCUCGAAGGCUAUUACGCGUAUUACUUCUCAGCCUUCUCGGCUGUCUUCUUUUUUGUGCCACUGGUCAUUUCCACAGUCUGUUACGUGUGUAUCAUUCGCUGUCUUAGCUCUUCCACAGUUGCCAACCAGAACAAGAAGUCCCGGGCUUUGUUCUUAUCAGCUGCGGUUUUCUGCAUCUUUGUCAUUUGCUUUGGACCCACGAAUGUCCUUCUGAUUAUGCAUUACUCGUUCUUUUCUCAUAAUUCCGCCACAGAGGCUGCCUACUUUGCCUACCUCCUCUGUGUCUGUGUCAGCAGCAUAAGCUGUUGCAUUGACCCCUUGGUUUACUAUUAUGCAUCCUCUGAGUGCCAGAGGUACCUCUACAGUAUCUUAUGUGGCAAAGAAAGUUCUGAUGCCGGCAGUUACAACAGCAGUGGCCAGUUGAUGGCAAGUAAAAUGGAUACCUGCUCUACUAACUUGAAUAACAGCAUUUACAAAAAGCUGUUAACUUAGAAAAAGAGACUGUUGUUAGGUUAAAAAGGAAAGGUUAAACAAGUGAAUAACAUGAGGUUUCUAUUAAAUCCUGUCAAAAAAAGUAUUUACUUCACCAUCUAAAACAACACAUGUAUGAUUCACAUUCCUCCUUCUUUGGUGAGUCAUUGAGCAUACAUAUUUGUUAAUUACAGGAAACGAUAACAGAAAUGGAAGACAGUGUUAUUCAGAGGGAGUAUUGCCAAUGCUACAGCAAUAGCCGAAUAUUACUUUUUGAUAUAUUUAGGUGAUUUAUAUAUAAAAAUAUAUAUAUUAUUUGCAGUGCAUUAUGGAUAGGCACUUUGAAAGUCCCCUUUUUUUCCCAGAAAUUGUGAAAAUAACCUCUGAUUUAAUAUACAAGUUCUAGGUUGGUAGAGUUUAGUGCUGAACAUCUGAACAUGCCCACCAAUAGUGCCACAUUCGUAGUUCGGCUUUAUGCAGCUUUUGCAAAUAACUGCAGCGUGAAAAUGUCUGACAGCAAUGUUUACAUUAUUAAGGGGUAAGGCUUAGUAUUAUCUGUGUGUAGAAAGAGUUUUAGUGCUUUUCAUUUUAAACAUAUCAAAGUUUGAAUUCUUAAAAUUAUUGUAACAGAUGAGGAAAAAAAAACCCUUUAGAUAUGGGUAGCAUUUUUUUUAAGGUUUGAAACCCUGCAUAUAGAAACCAAGAAUGAGUGUAAGUCCCACUAGUGACAUGUGGUCGGCCAUCCAAGCAGCCCACCCUUGGAUCUGUGCCUGUUCACGCUGCUUAUUCUGAUGGAGGACCCCAAAUGGUAGAUACGUGGCAGGGCCAUUUCAGACACAGACUGGCCAGAACCCUCCGGCCUCAGAUGCUGGCGGUUACAGCUGAGCAUCCCAGAGAGCAGAGAGAUUGGGAGUGGUUGGGGGCUCAUCAUGCUCAUUAGAAAUUGGCAAAAACGGACAUACGUCCUGGGAGGUGGCAAAUAUAAAAGAUUUCUCUACCCAUUAUAAGAACAGAGAAAGAAGGAGGGUUCACUUCCAGUAAUUAUCCUGCAAGGCAAGUUCUCAUGUGGAAACACUCAGGAGCAAACAUGAACACCUUCUCUGUGCUGUGGGCACACUGAAUGGUGCUGGGGAUACAGAGUUGAGUGAGGCUCACACCUGUCAUCAAGAAAACCCAGUGUACAUGGGAAUCCUGUAGUUUAUGCAUGAUUAUUCUAUAAACCCACAACUUCUCUAACAGAAAAGAAAAACCACAGUAGACCCACACAUAAAUAGUUUGCAAUAGAGUGUGAUACAUGAGUAAUAAAUGUCAUUGUAAAAUAAGUGUUUUUAGCCAGUGUCACCAAGCACGUUUCAUAGAAGGAAGGCCUGUCAAAGAACUUUGAGCAUUUGGGUUAUUUCUUCCUGUUGAGAUGAAAAGAUAAUGUAAUACAGGAAGUGUAUUUUUUAAAAUAAUUCCUUCAGUCAACAUUAACUGGAUACUUUAUUUAUAAACUUUUGCCUGAUAAAUUCAUCAAAUCAGUUUUUUUUGAAGAAUCAAUUAUGUCAGUCUGAUGAGAAAUAACAGAAGAAAAUGGAAUUGACUUUGAAAUCCAGCAAAACUCUUCUCUAUUUCCCACUCAUUUUUCUCAAAAAUUAAUGAAAUGAUUUAUAAAGACAUUUUUUAACCCCAUGAUGAGUAUUAAGUACAGCAAAUUAUCAAUUGAUUUGACAAAUAAUUUGAAAGUCCGGUUGAAAUGUAUUUUUCUCCUUAUGAAAAAUGAUUGGGAAAAAAAACCAAAAAAUGGAAAGGUAGAAGGCAAAUGUUUACCUAU